AAUAACAGGAACAUUUAUAGUACGCUAUACAUCAAUUUUACUUUUAAAAAGACUUACGGCUUCUGACUAAAAUAUAUGUAAAGCAAAAAGGGUCAUCAAUCCAGAGUAAUGGAUUUGCCAUCUUUUUUCCUUUUUGUUGUGGGCAUUCUACACGCCGCAUCGGCUGGUCCAGAAUACGAUUUUGAAGAUCCAAGCCAAAUGUCUGCAUUCAUCGCAGCGGGAUCAACUCGAGCUAUAACUCAAAGUUAUUAUAAAACAGGAAGCAAAUCAUUACUUUGGCAGUGGGGUACAAGAAAUCAAGGAGCUUCUCCACCGAAGCUUACAGUGCAACUUGGCCUUUCACUAAAGCUUAAAGAUAAAGAAUUACAAAAAGGAGGUAUUAAAUUUUGGAUGUAUCAUGAAAAUGUCACACCAUCGUCAACAAUGGAAAUAACAUUUCGAGGGGAAAACGAAUCAGGGCAACCAAUCAAUACGACUCCUACUACAGCAAAAUUGAAUUUUCAAGGGUGGAGAGGUGUUUGGAUUGGCUACGAAGAGUUUGGAAGCGAAAUGACACCAUUUGCAUCAAUCACGAAUGUCGACUUCAAGAUCACGACAACGGAAGCUGAUAAACUUUACUUCGAUGCGGUACGAUUUGUUCCGUCUCUACGAAAACAGUCAAGGGAUCUUAUUGUACAAAAAGUUGGCUCUUCUGGUCGUUCCAACGAUCCAAUGUUUUAUGACGAUAAAGAUUUUUGGCAACAAUCAUUGCGAUGGCACUUGGAAGGGGCCCCAAGAUCAACCACUCCAGUUACCAAUGUUGACGCAAAACUUUCUGAAAUCCAAGCCAUUGAAACCCAACUACAAAACUGGUAUGCAAAGGAAGACGAAACCCUUAAGACAGUAACAAAGUAUGAUGACUUUGCAGUGGAUAUGGCUAUGGACCCUGAUGGUGGAAUCGACUUUAUUGCAUUGAAGAAAAAGCGAUGGCAGUUUCUGCAAAGGGAUAUCGAAGCAGCAAAUACUUAUUACAGCAAAAUUGACUUUAACCACAAUCGCCCUCCGCUAUUUUCCAAGGUGGAAGAACUUGGGGUGGAAGACAUCACUGAUGAUCCAAAUUGUAUGUCAAAGUUUGGAUUUUUCUUUGCAAGAAUUCUUCUUCCACUCUCUCUUGAGUACAAUUUUAUGAGUAGACCAGCAGAAGUUAAUGCACUGGCGAGUAAAGUUUGUACCAAUUUAAAGUCCACUGAUUAUUUAACAAUGCUUCGUGCAAUAACGGAAAUUACAGGGGACGAUCAGAUGCUGGUUGGAGACUUCCAAACAAUCCUACAAACGUAUAAGAACAAACUCAACUGCGCUUCAAGUCGAUCGGAUGAAGAGCUCAGUGCUGCGGACUUGAUAAAUGUUUAUAACGAGGUAGUACGAUGGGAGAGAAUUAAAAAGCUUCUUGUAUACAUGGAAAAUCAAGGUUGGGCUGAGGGAAGUGGAUUGGGGUCCUUAGACCACGAGAUGAACAAAGCGGGUUCUGGUUUUAUGCACUCGAUGUUUCUACUUCGACAUGUUUUAAGAAAGACUGAAAAUGCGGCAUUGCUGAGUAGACUUCUUAGGACAAUGAAAUGGUAUAAUGACUUUAAUGAAAUCUACCAACAAGAAAGUAACUAUAUCUAUAAUGGAACAACAGCGGAUCGUAUGCGAACAAUAUCUUUGUUCAGACUGAUUAUAAUUCUUAUYACACCAAAUACAAACAAAGAAAACAAGGUGAGGGACAUGGGACACUUCACGGUAUGGAUGAAACGGGCUCUUGCUAUUAAUAAAGGACUGGGAGGAUUGAUCAAACCAGACUAUACUGGUUUCCACCACAAGACAUUCUAUGGAUCAGCUUAUGUACCACAUGCACUUCAUAACGCAGCGCUGAUACAGUACCUUCUAGAAGUCACGUCUUCUUUCAAGUUGGAUCGAACGUCAAAAGAUAAUCUUAGAGAAGCUUUGAAAGUAAUGCGUAUAAUAGCCGUGAAAUAUUCUUCUCCAAACAGUAUGGGUGGUCGUUUUCCAGGUUAUAGGAAUGUCAUUCUUGCACAGCAUUUCGUUGCUUAUGCAUACAUUAGUUAUGAAAAGACAGGAACAACAGAAAAAGCCAACGGACGAGAUAUGUUUCUUCGUUUAUUCGACCAUAAUGAACCACCUGUUAAAGCAUAUCUCGAAGAUGGCACUAUACAGUCUGGUAUAUACUACUGGAACACCAUUGGACAAAUCGAUGUAUUUCAAAAGAUUUCAAUAUUACCUUGCUCAAGUCAAUGCACUGCUGAAAGUUCCCCAUCUGGGCACUGGAGUAAGAACUUUGCUGCUCUUUCUGUUCAUAGGCGUAAUAACUGGACUGUUGCCGCUAAAGGAUUUAAUAGGUACAUAUGGGAUUACGAAAGCAGUCCAAAGGAGAAUAUUUUCGGUGUAUUUGCAAGCCAUGGCUCUCUACAAAUCUCAAACAGCGAAGCUACUGUAGCACGUAAUAAUGUGAGCGAUGGUUGGGAUUGGACACGAGUACCAGGCACAACAACAAUUAAAGCAGAGCUAGUCAAUAUUGUAUUAGGCAAGGCUCGUAAUUAUAACCCAGGCCACUUUGCMGGAGGAGUGAGUUUUACUGGAUCAGUUGGCAGCAAUCCCAGGAAUGGGGCUUUUGGUAUGUUUUUWAAAAAACCUGACUAUGUGAUGAAAAACAAAGCUUCCCCAAUGGGCACCAUGGAAUUUGAGUUUAAAAAGUCAUAUUUCUUCUAUAACGACCUUAUUGUAUGUUUGGGAAGUGAUAUCAAAUUCAAGAAUAGGGAUAUAGACAACUAUUAUGCACAGACAACGCUGUUUCAAGACAAACUACAAGAUCCAACCAAACCUACUACGAUAACAAUUGAUUCAAACAAACAUGAUUUGAGGUUACUUCUCAAAAGGCAAUACAGAUGGACCACAGGCAAAACAAUAAGACUUGUGGAUACCACUGGAAAUACUUACCAAGUUAAAACUGCUAAAUCACAAGGACUAAACGUCGAAGUGUUGGACCAAGAAUCUGUACAAACGCAAGGAUGUGAAAAGACUAAAGGAAGAUAUGCAACUGCUUGGUUCGAACAUAAACAAAAGCAAGCCCUAUCUUGUGGGACUACUACAGUCGUAUCAUUAGCAAAGAAGACAACACCAAAACAAUUUGAAACACAGACAGUGAAACAAAGGAACAACGAAUUUAGAAAACUGAAAACUGAAGAAGAACCUUAUAUUUUGAAAGUAAAAAAAUACAGAAAGAACAUAAAUGCAAUGACUUUCAAAGACCAAAAUAUUGCGGGAAACAUCAAUGUACAUUCAGGAGAAGAUGAGAGGCCAAAAGAUACUGAGAAAAAGAUAUCAAAUAUUAAGAAAGGACAUGCGAAGAAGAGCGUUCAAAAGCUGCCUAAAAAUCAAAGCAAAAUUAUCAACAACUCAACUAAAAAACUUAAAAUGAUUAAUAAAACUAAAAAACUUGAAAUGAUUAAUAAAACUAAUGACAAGACGGAAACCAAUGAUGAUAUGUACGUAAAUGGUAUUAAUAUCAAUCCCGACUCUGAUCCCAAAAUGGAAGUUGUCAACAAAGAUCAAGAUGAAGAUCUUGAUGAUUCUGUUAUGGGUGCUGAACAAUGGAACCGUGUGAAUACAACUAAUAUUGAUGAAGGAAAUCCCGAAACUUCAGACGUUGACCACUUCUCGAAUACAAGUAUCACUGAUACUGACGAUGACAGAGGGUAUUUCAACGACGAGGAGAUGGAUGGUCUUGGAACAGACAUUGAUUAUGAUGAUGAUUCAGCAGUAGAAACUGGUCACAGUUACAUCGUUCAUAAUAGUAUUAAACAAGAACGUACAAGCAGACUAAGUAAAUACUCAAGAGAACGUACCACGCAUGCUCAUAACACCAAGAGCUCGUUAGACGGAGAGAACAUCAAAGAUGGACGAGAAAAAUCCAAGAGGAAAGACAAUAAAGAUGCGGACAUAGUUGCAAGUCAGGAAACACCCAAAAAUGAAUAUACGAAACAUGAAGACAAGGAGUCAGGGGAUGAAGCCAUAGGUACGAAUAUUGAUAUCGAUAAAAUGUACGAUGACAAGCURCCAAAUAAGGAAAAGACUAACGUACAAACUCAAAAAGAAGAUUUGGAAAGCGUAAAUACCGAUAUGCAGAAAAAGUCAAUUCAACUUCCGAGUUCUAAGAAAAACAUGGCAGAAGAGUCGAUUAAGCAUUUUAAGAAUAAAAUCAAAGAAAAAAAUGAAAAUGCCGAUAGACAAUUUCAAGAAAAUGUGAAUGAAGACGAGGGCGGGCAGUUAAGCCCAAAUAUCGUUGACGAGGAAAGCAAGCAGGUUAAUGCCACUUUGAAUAACAAUGUCAAUGAUAAUGCUGACCAGCAUUCAAGCGCCGAUAGAKWURAUAAUAUCAAAGGGCGUAAAGUUAACAUUAAUGCUAACGCCAAACACUUUGAAAACGCAAAAGUUGAUAAUGAUGAAGGCGAAGAAAGAAAAACACAAGUUGAUUUAAACGCUGAUAAGCACGUAAAUGACGACAAAGACGAGCGUGUUGAACAUCAAAAAACGAAAGCUAACAAAAGCACUGAUAAAGAUGAGAAUGMKARUSAKMMGAUGACACAAGUCAGCGCAAGCCCUGAUAACGAUGAAAAUGUUGAACAUCAAAAAACGCAAGUAAACGCAAGUACUGAUAUUGAUGAUAAUGUUGAACAGCCAAGAUCGCAAGUCAACGCAAGUGCUGAUAUCGAUGAUAAAUUUGAACACCCAAAUACGCAAGUUAACGCAAGCACUGAUAUCGAUGAGCAUGUUAAGUUUGUAAAAACCCAAGAUACUGCAAGCACUGAAAACCACCAUGUUUUUCAUCGCAAGUACCAAAAGACGCAAGUUAGCUCAAAUAGUGAAAACGAUAAGCAAGAUAAACACCAAAAGUUACACAUUAAUGCAAKAACUAACAACGAUGGCCAUGUUGAACGUGAGGAAACUCCAUUAAACUCAAGACAUGAUAACUUUGAAGAUGGUGAAUACCAAAAUACUCAUGUGAAUGCACGAGCUAAUAAAAAUAAGGAGCAUACUGUUGAGCCAGAGCCAUUAGCAGGUACCGUAUCUAGAGUGUCUAAGAACAASCAGAAGACGCACAUUAACACAAUGGAGGAUACGGAUAAAGAUGAAAAUCACGGCAAUACUGCAAAACAGAAACCAGAAAAUCUCCAUAAUCUGAAUAGUAAAAAGAAAUCCACUAAGAAAAAAACUAACACAAACAACGUCCACCACGAUAAAGUCYUGAAAGACAAAGUUAUAGGCGCAAAAGAAGAAUUAUCAAAAACCAGAAACGAUUUUAAUACUAAGGUACAGAAAGGCAGCCCUGAGAAAGAAGACAGAGACAAUAAAGAAGAAGUUAAUGGAAUCGAAUCAAACGUUGAGAGCAAACAAAAUGCCAGAUACGGAAAAAAGUUAAAACUAAAGUUAAAAGAAAAGAAAAUUUAUUACAACAAGAUAAACAAAGUCAUGGAAGUUGCAAUUGAAAAAGCUAAACAUUCAAAACAUCAUGAAGAAAAUGUCGAAGAGAUACCAAAGGCAAUCGAUGAUGCGUAUUAUAACUCGUCACUAGCAAGUGACUCAUUAACCAACAUGGAAACAGAAGAAAUGCAAAACGACGAGGAUUAUACAAUUGCUAGKGAAACAAGCUCUUAUGAAUACGCAAUUGUCAUUCAAGGAGGAAACCUAAAUCUAUUUUCGAAAUACAAAGUUAUUCAGGCCAGUGGGAAAGCCCAUGUUGUGGAAUUUAGUAGCAUGGCAGAUCUACCUAAUACAGCCACUAAAGUCUUUAGCUAUUCAAUAUUUGAAGCACAGAAAGCAACAGAGUCMAUCAGCUCUGGGCCAGUCCACCGGGCAAGUGCUCCUUGUAUGAUAAUGGCGGAGCAUGGAGCAUCGAAGCUUUACUUAGCAGUGAGUAAUCCAGCAAUAACUUUCCAAGAUGACCCAGCAGUCAAAGACAAAGACAGAUGCACGCGAAAAGGACGUAAAGAUAUCCCAGACAAAUUUAGUCCCAAGAACUCGGAUGAGGUGGGAGCAAAGAUGAUGUUUUGUGUGGAAGGGAAGAGUACAAGCAUUACCGUAUCAUUGCGUCUUGAUAAUAAGUCGCUAGGAAAAGCUCCAGGGACGGUGAAAGUCGACGGGAAAGUAGUGACUAAUCCAGCUGCUUAUAUAAGUAUUAACGCGGCAAAGAAUGAAGUCACUUUCUUGAAUUUAGUCAAUGGACUGACCACAGAGGUUGUAUUGUCACAUGCAUAUGUAUCACCCAAAAAUGUGAAAAUAUAAAUGCUGGAAAAUUCGUUGCUACCGCUGAUUUGUACUAGAGUAAUUGCAGGUGAUAUCGAUAUUGUCGGAGUUAGGAAAAGACUUGCAAAAAUGUCACAAUUUAAAAAAGUUACUUUAAAUUACACAUGUACAGUAUGCAAAUAGGUUUUGCAAAAYAGACAGAUAUUUACAAUUGAGAAAACGUUUGAGCUCAGGAAGUAACACACAURUAAAAUAUUCAACAUUACGUAAAGC